CCUCUCAUUUCUCCUUUGCACAUUUUCGACCACCAUUGUUGCUCUGCGAAUUCUCUGUUCCUGCUCUGCAAAAAGCUCAAUUCUUUCCUCCAUUUCUCUUCCUCCCGGCUUGUUUCCACUCUUAUCAUUUUUUCCAAAUACUAUUUUUUGAGGGUAGUAUUUUUUAGGGUUUUAGUUGACCAAAUUCCUUCUUUGGAACCCUUUGUGAGUCAAGACAGCCCAAUGUUCAGAUAUCUUCAUUUUCUUCUUCCAUUAAUUGAACCUGCAGUAGACCAUCUUCGACUGAGCGUUGCUCAUUUGUUGAUUCAAGUCUACCGAAGGGUCGGUAAGGAUACACACUCUGUGAAGAUAGAGAGCUUGGAGGAUGAGUUGGAGGCUUGUCGAUCUUACAGUGUCUAGAACUUGCAAAGGGUUUCAUGUUGAAGUUCCAGUCCCCACUCCGAAGAAGAAUGAGCUCUUGCUAAAACUUGAAGCAAGUAGUCUAAAUCCUCUUGAUUGGAAAAUUCAGAAAGGCGUUAUGCGGCCUUUUGCACCUCGCAAGUUCCCUCACAUACCUGGUACUGAUGUGGCAGGAGAGGUUGUAGAGGUUGGACCAGGAGUCAAAAGUUUCAAAGUUGGUGACAAAGUUGUAGCUUGGCUUAGCAUUUCUGAUGGAGGUGGACUAGCUGAGUUCGCUGUGUCUAAGGAGAAGCUGACAGUUGCUAGGCCAGCUGAAGUUUCAGCAGCAGAAGCUGCAGGCUUACCCAUUGCUGGUGUUACAGCUCUCCAGGUGCUCACCCAAUCUGCUGGGAUCAAGCUUGAUGGAAGUGGCCAGGAGGCAAACAUUUUGAUCACUGCCGCCUCAGGUGGUGUAGGUCUCUACGCGGUUCAACUGGCAAAGCUUGGAAACACACAUGUGACUGCCACGUGCGGGGCACGCAACAUUGAGUUGGUCAAGAGCUUUGGGGCCGAUGAGGUGCUCGACUACAAGACUCCGGAAGGGGCAGCUCUGAAGAGCCCGUCUGGUCGGAAAUAUGACUUUGUGAUCCACUGUGCUCUUACUGGCAUUCCUUGGUCAACUUUUGAGCCAAAUCUGAGUAAGAAAGGGAAGGUGUUACAUUUAUCUCCCAGCCCAAGUUCCAUGGCGACUUUUGCUCUAAAGAAAAUUACCUUCUCCAAGAAGCAGCUGGUGCCGGUAUGGGCUAGUGUCAAGAGUGAGAACCUGGAUUAUCUUGUUAAGUUGGUGAAGGAAGGUAAACUUAAGACUGUGAUUGACUCGAAGCAUUCCCUGAGCAAGGCUGAAGAUGCUUGGGCUAAGAGUAUUGAUGGUCAUGCUACUGGGAAGAUCAUCGUGGAACCUUUCUAAAAAUUAAAAUAUAAUUUGCUUGGAAUUGUUGGAUUCCUAUAUAAUUAAAUGAGGGUGUUGUAUCUUAUACUCGUGCAUAAAGAAAACUAUAUGUUUGUGCAGUUAAAUCAGACAUUUGACCUG